AAUUCUUGGUGAUUCACGUGAAGUCACAUAGUUUAAGUUUCAAUGAGGAACUGUACGGAACAGAGCUUGUGUAGCCAAAUUUUAACACCCAUUAACAUUAAGUCUUUGUUUAUUUCUAAUGAUUACAAUCUUGUGACGAUACAUACGUAUUUUAGAACAAGACUAGUCAUUCUAUUAUUUUCCGGAGCGUUAGAAAACUUAUCGGAUCCCAGAUAUCUAACUGGAUAAUAAUCAUGCAAAUAUCGAGUGUAUUUUGUAUUACAUUGACUCUGCUCCUUUUUAUACAAGUGGUGAUUUCCAGCGAUAAAAAAUCAGGUCAAGCGGAAGCUGGAUUACGGUUCUCAAAAAGUGGAAAACCAACGGCCAAAUCCGUGAUACGACUUUUACCGUUGAUCGAAACCGACUUCAAGGAGAUCGUAGAAAAUGAAAACAUUUUCGUCGACAAAACAGCAUGGAUCCGGCACGCUGUCGAGUUCUCAAGGCACACUGACACCAAAAAACCACCCGGAUUCAUAGCCAUCGCUAGACCUCCUGGAUUUGGAAAGUCAAUAAACCUCUCCAUGCUCCGAUACUUCCUAGACUCCUCGAUAAAUUCAUCGGAACUAUUUACAGGCCUCGAAAUAUCAAAACCAAAACAUCAGAGCUUCCGACAGCAGCACCAAAAUAAAUACGUUGUGUUUUACCUCGAUUUCAACACCGAAUCUAAACCAGGUGUCCUCGAGGUGGUAAAAAACGUACUUAAAGAACAGUCUAAGAACAAUCGAAAAUUAUUAGACACCAAAACGCAUGAUGAGAUCCAAAAAGUACUGAACAUAACAUCCCCGGAGCAGGGGCCUUUGCUGGAUGCAUUCUCCACCUUAUGUAACGCCCUCUUGCGGGGGAAACGGAAAUUUGUAGUUUUGGUGGACGAUGCAGACAAACCAUAUCUUCCCGCUUUUGUAAAAGGCGAAUUUCUUACAGAUGAUGGUGGUAUCCUCGCUGAAGAGUCCGCCAAGGUGUUCGAAUUCAUGCGCACGAUUUAUUCGAGAUUAUACAGCCACAAACCAGUCUUGGGAAUCAUGCUUGGUACAACGCUAGUGCCAGACCUGAAAAUUUCGCAUAAAAAUCCGAUUCUGGGGGACGAUUUUGCGUCGGAUUUCGGAUUCACAGAUAACGAGGUCCAAGACCUAAUUUUAGACGCUAGUUCUGAUGUCGUCAUAUCAAAUGUCCGGGUAUGGUACGAAGGGUACCAUUUUGGUGACAAUGCUAUUUACAGCCCUGUGUCUGUGGUUAGUGCCAUAAACACUAGGAAAUUCAAGCCCUUUGCUUGCGAGAAAGAUGGAGCGCUUUUGGUCGACCUCAUUAAGAAAGGAGGUUUCUAUGCCCGAUUACAGUUGGGUGUGCUCAUGGAUGACGUAGCUUUGGAACAACCGGUUCUUGGAGAACUUGACCCGUCGAAGACACGCGACAAGGAGACUAUUUUCUGGACUUUCCUCGUGCAUGCGGGGUUCUUAGACGUGAACCGCACAAUAGAGCAUGGUACUUCACAUUCGGUUCGGAUUCCCAAUUUGGAAGUUAAGGAAUAUUUGAGGGAGCACGUUAUCGAAACGCCACCGCACAAGGAGGAAGAAUAUAAGAAUUUUACAGAUGGGCUGCUGAUUUCGAACAGGACUGACUAUACAGAGUUUCAGAGCCUGUUUCAGAAAUACUUUAAAAAUAAAUGCGUGUUUUUCGGUCCGAGCGAUUUUAAAGAGCCAAAAAAUGCUGCGAGGUACGCUAUCGGACUGCUGGCAGGCAUAACCCCGACACAUAGGAUGGUGCAAAUAACGGACGAACAAUUCUCCGAUGUUUUCGUGCACACCAGGGAGCAGGACUCAGUAAUUGCACUUCGUUUUAUUGCCUCGAAAGGUGACAACACGAGUUGCACGCAAAUUUUGAUGGACGCUGACCCUCAGGACCCCACAUCGGACAAACCCCAACGCCCGAAAGUUUUGAGGAUGGUUUUUCCUGUUGCGGACGAUAUGAUGGUUGGCGUUUUCUUCGAAGAGUUGGACAACGCAGGGAUGGACGGAAUGUUCGGAGAUUAUGCUAAUUUUGGACAGUAUGGCGAUGACCAAAUGGCAGGGUACGCUCAACCGUGGGGUAACCCACCUGGGAUUUAAACAUAUCCUUUUGUUUGGAAUGGACCUCUGAACAAGGGACGAAUCUCAGCAAUCUACUAUUUUAUCAAAAAAAUGCAGUUAAGGCCUUCAGAUGUUUCUAGAACUCCUUCGACAAAUCGCAAAUUUGCCGGAGGAUUUGUGAAUAUUUUUCUCCAUGUUUUUGGGAGAAUUUUGUUUGUAAAUAGAUCUAAAAUGUCUAAAAAUUUCGAUAAAAAAUAUGUAUAGUGUUCAUAAAAAAUAAUUGUUUUCUGCAUGGUAAUUUGUGGCAAUAUUGGAAUGCUCAUACGGCGUUCUUCCUUAGUACGACAGUAUAAUACUGCCGUGCCAAGGAAAAACGCCGUAUGAGCCUUCAGGCGUUGCCAAAUUUUCUUCGAUAAAACUCAAAUUCCCUGGUAAACUUAUGAAUAUUUUUCUUCCAAUUUUUCAGAGAAUAUUGUUUGUAUUUUGAUCUAAAGUUUCUGAAAAUUUCAAAGAAAAACAUUCUUAAUUUUCCUCAAAAAUAAACAUUUCAUCAAAGGAAAUUUAGCAACUCUCGAAUGUCCAUACGGCGUUCUUCCUUAGCACGGCAGAAUAGUGUCCUAGUCAACGCUUCAUGUGAAACACAAUUCGCGCAUCAAAGUAACUAAUAUCAACUCCAAACCAAUCGUAACUUUUUUUAGGCCAAGAAAAAUUGAAUUUCUCGCUCAAAUAAAAAACUAAAGUUACUUUAAUCAAAUCGUGCAAUGCGGUAGGCUUUUUAAUACGCAGUGUUCCCGCCCCAUUUUGUGUUUUUUACAAAGUAUGCAUUGUGCAACAGCCGAGCCGAAGCGCCGAUUCUAAAAUUGUUUUACGAUAUUUUUACACUGCAAUGUCGGACACUAAAACGUUUAGUGUAGAUUAUUGUUUUUUUUUAUGAUUAGGAUUAUAUAUGAGUGACAUGUCUGAAUUUAUGCAUCAGAAACCGUUAAGAUGAUUCGUCAAGGUUUCCUCCGAGGUCAAACUGGCAAGCGAUAUAUCGCAUCGAUUGUGUCACAAAUCUUGGCAGAUUUGGAAUUUUUACCCCAAAAAAGGGUGAUAGCGCCUUUGCGCAUGAGCCUAAAGAAUCAUUCUCAACCAUAAAAUUGGCAAUAUUCGAAGAUAUGAGAGCAGAAUCUGUUUUGGAAAAAACCUCGGAUUCGAUGUUAGUAUCGAUUUCUGUAUCGAAUACGAGUUUUUAUUUAUUUUUAAGACGAAUUUUGCCUCCAUUUCUCUGAAUACUGCCAAUUUUUUGGGUUAACAUAAUUCUUUCUGAUUAUGUGCAGGAGUUAUCACUCUUUUUUUCUGGCGAAGAAUUUAAAAUUUGCCGGGAUUUUUUGCAUAAUCGAUGCGAUAUAUCGCAUGACAGUUCGACCAGUCGGACACCGUGACGAAUCACCUUAAAACCUCGGUUAGAAGUUAAUUUCAAUAAGGUUCGGUGUUAAAAUCGUGGCAUACGUGAAAUUUUGAUGGGAAAACAUGUUUUACAAUUCUUAAAUUCGAACCUUGUCUAGGGCCACAUUGGUUUCAGGGUUUGUGGUGUACCUGGUACCUGGUGCAAACCUUUGAAAGGGUAUACGAGUAGAAGAGGUAUGCUGCACACUAAAGAAACGAAAACAUGAAGGCAUAUUAAGGUGUAAAACCGCGAGAAAAUUACGAUUAGUACGUUCAAAAAGUCUGCAAUCCCUUCAUUAACGCGCAAUUUGCGUUAUCCAUGUCACUUUCUUUCUUUCCCGCAUCAGUUGGCAAUUUUUCCUCCGUCGUUGGCAACUGACUUCCCUCGGAGAGAAAUUUUAGAAAAUCUAAUCAAAACAAACGAAAAGUCUCUUAAUUUUUCUCUAAUCGUUUGGUUAAGAUUUCAAUUGUUCGGAAGCAUUUUUUCGUGCCCGCAUCUUGUAUAAGAGAAAGAAAAUAAAUCUAUUAAGACGACAGAAAUCAUUCGUGAGAAUAAUUAGUAACAGUUUAUGAGAGUAUUCAUCUAAGUUAUUUUUGUACGUCUUUUUUUUUUAUUUUUGUGCAAUUUUAGCGCCAGAGAGUCUAUUGAUUUAUCUGUGACUUUUAUCUCUUGUGCGCAAGUAACUCAUCUGGAAGUUAUCCCUUCAAAAUUGAAAAGAUAAAGAAAGUGAGCAUUCUCCCAUGGAAAAGUCUUAGAAUAUUUUGUUGUAAAUGUUGUAAUGUAACAUAAUACUUCAACUCACAAGCAGUCCACAGAGGCUUGAAAAUGAACCAUUUGUGUUAAACGUCGGUGUAAGUCCGCAACCACGUAUCUUAGUUUGGAACGUGGCAGACUUUCUGUUGUGCUUUAUUUUCUAAAUCGAAAACUACUUAACAGUAAUUGUUAAAAACUACCGUGAUUUUUCUACUCUCUAUGAAAAAAAUUCAAGGAAUGAUUUCGAUUUGUCCUACCUUUAAAUAUUUAAUGAAAUGGAAAUAUUUUAUGCCAAGCAUGUUCAAUCCUUUGUGAAAGUGAAAUAUUUAGUUAAUGUAUUUAAUGUAUACUUGCUACAUUUAGUUAUUUGUAAAUAUUUGUUCUUACUAAGUAAAUAACUUUUAAGAAUUAGAA